UUAGCAAGUCCGGUGAAACAAUUCAUAAUGGAAUAUUUGUCGAAUGUCUUCUCAGUAGUGAAAUACCGUAAACUAGUAGUGUGUAUGCAGCUCUCCUUAGAACCAUUAUGAAAUAUAAAUACCGCUUCAAACCCAGGAUCACCCAGGAUCCUAUGUUUUGAAAUCCAGUGAGUUGAGUACCUUGAAUUCUGAUAUGCUGCAAAAUGUCAACAAACAGGCGCAAUUACUCGCAUAUGCGAGAUGCCGCAUUGAAUAUCAGAGCAGACUGCGACGAGGAGUACGAGCAUUCAGAUAUGGCCGCCAGCGGGGACGAGGCAUUGCAGAUCCUUAUGGAAGCAAAUUACAACGAUGGCGCUUCGUAUGAUCAAAGCUCCACGGAUGAAUUUGCAAACGAUGACGGGGACCAUUUAUGGCAAGUCCAGGCUGAUACUUUGUACAGCAGGGAUGAAAGCGGUUGUACAGAUGAGCGAGAACAUGCCUCAUGGCAAUCUCAACCCACUGAUCCUGACACCCAGUGCCAACAAUUUGAUUACCCACCACCACCACCACCUCCCCAGUUACAACAUUCAACCAGGUACUCGCUUGAGAAAAGGAAACCCAAGACGGCAACCGAAGACAAGCCAGAUGAUAUCAUAUCCUACUGUAAUAUGGUCGUUGACAUGAGCAAUAUGAAGACUGCUCUUCGCAACGUAAAGGACUACCUCGAGAAGGGCCAGACCCGCGAGGCCGAAGUCGAGGCCCAGAAAGCUCAGGACUUGGCAGAAAAGUAUGGGGAGAGACCAGUGAUCGCACGGUGCAGAUACUGGCAGGCUCGGGUGAAGUUUGCUCAAGGAAACUAUGAAAAGGCGUAUCGACUGUUUCGCAAAUGCCAGUUAUGGAUCACAAAGCAACCUGAGGCGAGCACAAUGGCAUUUUACCUACCACUCUGUCAGCCGGGAUUGAGCGACCAAGAUCGACAGCGCAUGUUGCAGGACGCUCACAGACCCGCAAUGCAACUGCAGAAAAUACCAACGGUUAGUGAAGUGCCAGACAACCGAGACUCGAAACGAAGAUGGAAUGAUAGCCUUCACUUGUUGUCGCAAGACAAUAUCCCACAAUCCACGCAUCGGCAGAACAUAGCCCACCCCAAGUCACUUCUCGAGAGGCAACCUGAAGAUUCCACUGGACUCAAACUUGGUGGCAAGCAAAAGCUAUUCACUUUCGAGAUGCACCCCAAGGGCAUGGCACCCAGAUUCCGGCCGACAGAUAUUUUCGCAGAACAGCCUUAUGAAGUUAUUGUGCCACAAGAACAAUGGGAGGAUUUCAUUGACUAUCACAGGGACCAGAGCGUCACGUUGAGUUAUCUGGAGAGGGAGAGACGACGGUACCAAACCGUCGUCCAAGAGAGGUAUAAUCAGCGCUAACCCGCUGCAUGCUGGUCUGCCUUUUUGGCGAAGACAUAGCCAGUUCGGUGAAGAAGUGGGGUAUUGUUGGAGUAAUGGUCUUUGAUAUUAUAUAUAGCGAUUCCUUUAU